AUGGAGGAAGAUGACAAUAUUUUCCAGAGACAAACACAAGUUAUACCCAAGAUAAAAACCAAAUAUGGCAAACCCCCAACAAGGCUACAAAAGAAAGCUCCAGCUUCUCUUCUUCUUGAUAAUAAUGGCAAUAACAACAUUCUUAAGGAGAAGAUGUCUCCUCUUACUCCAAUCCCUCUUCUAUCACCACUCAUUAUAUCACCACCACCCUCUCCACAACAGGGAGAAGAAUUCAGGUUUCCUGUAAUUACUGGAGAUAUUGACAAUGGCAACCAAGACAAGAAAACUGCAAAUUGUGUCCCCAGAGAGUGGCAGCAUCCGGCCACAGUGGCCGGAGGCGGCGGCGGAUACAUGGAGCAAUCUUCGUUGUUCACAACGUUUCAAUCUAAAUGUGUUCUUGUGAACAAUGCAGAGUGA